GCUUUUCGUUUUGACUUGGUUGCUUGAUGGUUGCUCUACCUUAUUUCGUAAAACAAUACGGGGACGUAUUUGAUCAAAUUCGGUGUGUUAGGCUCGUGAUGUUAAGUUUGAAUUGAAUUUCAGUUGGUAGAUAUCAUGGAUAAUAUAAUUUCUUGGACAGCGGAAGACGAGGCUAUCAUAGCAACCAACACGGACGCUACAGAAUGCAAGAGAUGCGCAGUUGAAUUGGGAUAUUGGAAAGAUGAUUACAUAUCUUAUUUUGUAAAACAUGUCGAUAGAAAAGCGCCUGAGAUAAACCGUGGUUACUAUGCUCGAGUCCGAGCUAUGGAGAUGUUUAUUCACCAAUUUUUAGAGAGAUGUGAUACAAAAUGUCAAAUUAUCAAUCUCGGUUGUGGAUUUGAUACUUUGUAUUGGCGGUUGAGAGACACUACCCAGGCAGUUGGCAAUUUCAUUGAGUUGGAUUUCCCAUCAGUAACAGCUAAAAAAGGUCACAUUAUAAAGCGCAACAAGCAACUUCUUGAGAAGAUAUGCAAUGAAGAUGGUGAGGUAGUGAUCCGUGAGGGUGAUCUUCACUCGGAUGGUUACCAUCUGCUGGGCUGCGAUCUGCGCUGCCUUGGCGAAGUGCGUCGUAAACUGGCAGUAGGUGGUGUGAGUGAUACUGCUCCUACACUUGUAUUAGCAGAGUGCGUGCUUGUGUACCUACGGCCUGAUGCAGCCGCUGCGUUACUACGCCAUCUUGCCGCAACAUUUCAACGCUGUGCUCUAAUUGUUUACGAACAGUGUAAUCUCGGCGACAAGUUUGGUGAGGUAAUGUUACGCAAUUUAAACGCACGUGGUUGCGCCCUAGCUGGCGAACGAUUAUGCCGCGAGCCAUCAGCGCAAGCUGAACGUAUGCUUACUCUAGGCUUUGAUAAAGCGCGCGCUUGGGACAUGGAAACUGUAUGGCGUGCGUUGCCGGAAGAUGAUCGGGCGCGUGUUGAAUCUUUAGAAAUGCUCGACGAACGCGAGUUGCUGCUGCAACUCAACACGCACUAUGCCCUCACAGUGGCUACGCGUGGUGAUGUCUUCGCUGAUAUGGACCUAAAUGCGUAGGCGGUACGUGUGUAUUUCGUACGGCGCUUUUCGUCAUCUCGGGCCCGCCUUCGAAGCGUGCGUUUGCGACGCCGCAACUUUCGAGUCUUCGCUUGUUAUGGCAAUUGUUUUUAUAGGUAUUUUCUCGAUUUGAUUGAUACGAAAAUUUUGUUUAACGAAGAUUGUUUUCGGUUAGGAUUGUUAUGCAGUCACGAUGUCGGUUUAAUGUGGUGCACUCACUUAUUAAACUAAAAAUAAAUUUAUAUUGCUAUGAAAAUUUAUAAGAUCUCCAGAUCAAUAUACCUACUAAAGGAUAUCUAGUGCUUACAUAAACGUUUAAAAUGUUUCAUCUUAGUCUUCAAUUUGUUUUGGUGUAUAUCGUCUAAUUGGAAUAUAUAGUGUGCAUCCUUAUUAUUUGCUUCUGUGUUGUUUUUUAUGACGCCUUUCUCUCUGUGAAUAAAUUACAUUGAAGCAAAUAGCUCAGGAAGGGAAACACAUCUAGCACGCAAUCUAUUAUAGGUGAUUAUGUGGACAGCUUUGCCAUGCUUCGUGUCUAGUAAGAUUAUAUUUGUAUUAUGUUCAUUUCGUAAACUAAGUUCUUGAAUUGUUUAAGAGGUUGAUAUUUGAAAUAUAACUACUGUA